AUGAGGAUUCAACGUAACCAAUCUCAACCAGUUCCGAGUGAACAUUUUAAUAAUAAGGUAGAUGGCAGAUACUUGGCUCGUCCUCAAUUCUCGUUUAGUUAUUACGGUAGUCACGUACAAGAAAUUGAAUUUUUCGAAUAUCAUAAAAUAUAUGUAUAUGAAGAGUUCCGAAUUGGAAUUAUUGAUAAUUACAUAAAAAACUAUAAAAAGUCUGAAUAUAGAAUUUUGAACGAGACGAAAUUAAUAGGAGUGAAAAGAACUUUUUCGAUAAACGUAAAUGGUGCAGAGGUUAGAGCCACAAUGACGACUUUAAUACACCCAAAUGGGAUGGUAUCCUUCUAUUAUGAUAACAUUCCUACGGAAAUUGCAAAAACGAAGUUGGAAUCGAAACUAAAUGGAUUAAUACGUUGUGAAGGAGGUCACACAAAGCAUGAGAUAUCUGUUCCAGCAAAAUGGAUCAAGAGUGGUACGUUGGUGGAGUUUGAAGCCAUCGGAGAAAUUUGUUCGCAAUACAAUACAAGUGAAACAUGCCAAAGAGCAACCACAUUGAGUAUGACAUGUUUUUGGUGUAAAAAAGGGAAGAAAUGUAUAGAAAGUAACGAUCAGAACACUCAUGGCUUGAAAGUCAAUGACUGCAGUGUUGAGAAGAAGUCGGAUGUCAACGAUUUGAAUAGUUCAACAACUAUGGAACACAGUGAAACAACAUCGGGGAUCACUGAGGUUCAGGUUAGUGAAAACCUCAUGAAAACUACUGAAGAAACAGAUAAACAAUCGUAUAUGACUACAAGGACAACGGAAGAAAAUAAGCAAGACAAGUCACAUUGGUACUUGUACGUUGUAAUUCCUUUGGUCGCCUCACUAUUUCUUAUAUGCAUCGGUUGUAUAAUUUGGAGAUGGUUACUUAGAAGAAAGAGAAGUGAUGAAUGA